AUGGCCAAUCUAUGGCUUUAUCUGGUCUAUGCAUUGGGAUUGUUCUUGUUAGCCACCAAUGUAGUAGCAGCCAUUGACGAGCCUUAUUUUGUCCACUCUCCACCUCCUAACCAAAUAAGACGACCACCAAUAACAGUCCCAAACCCACUUCCACCAUUCGACAAUCAUAGGCAACCACCUCCACCAUCACCAUAUUACAAGAAGUCUCCUCCACCACCCCCAAGUCGUCGUAAAUCCCCGCCACCUCCACCACCAUACUACAAUAAGUCUCCUCCACCACCACCACACCAUCAACAUCUUAAGUCUCCACCACCAUACAAUAAGAAGUCGCCUCCACCACCACCACAUAAUUCCCAAAACUCCCUUCCUCCACCACAGCUAGAUAGCCAAAAUUCUCCUCCUCUUCCUCCUUAUGUUUCUAAAUCUCCCCCGCCACCAUCAUCAUCACCUCCCCCUCUUUCAACUCCAACUCCAACUCCAACUCCAUCAUCAUCUCCAUCAUCAUCCUUAUCACCUAGCAAUGAACCACCAUUACAACCUUCUCCAUCUCCAUUCCCAUCCAUACCUCUAUCUUCAGCUCCAUCCUCUUCUCUAUCCCCAUCUACAUCCUUGCUACCACCACCGUCUUCAUCUCUAUCUCCAUCUAUAUCCCCAUUACUUGUCAAUGAGACACUGCCACCACCUUCUUCAUCUCCUUCCCUGUCACCAUCUUCAUCCUCAUUACCUAGCAAUGAACCACUACCACCACCUUCUCCAUCUCCAUUCCCAUCCAUACCUCUAUCUCCAACUCCAUCCUCUUCCAUAUCUCCAUCUACAUUCCCACUACGACCACCAACUCUAUCUCCAUCUAUAUCCCCAUCACCUAUCAAUGAGCCACUGCCACCACCUUCUCCAUCACUUUCCCCUACACCAUCCUCAUCCUCAUUACCUGGCAACAAACCAAUACUACCACCUUCUCUAUCUCCAUUCUCAUCCACACCUCUAUCCCUAACUCCAUCUUCUUCCUUAUCUCCAUCUACAUUCCCACUACCACCACCAUUUCUAUCUCCAUCUAUAUCCCGAUCACCUGUCAAUGAGCCAUUGCCACCAUCUUCAUCCCCAUCACCUGGCAAUGAAGCACCUCUAGCACCUUCUCCUUCUCCAUCAACACCUAUAUCUCUAAAUCCAUCUUCUUCU